AUGUCGGUCAAAUCGGAUACCACCACCUUGUCCAUAGAAAUGGCAAAUCUUUCGAUAUCACCAAGUAUUCAACCAACCCCCGAAAGCACCAAACAAGGUGUCAACGAUUCCGAACCCGUCAUCGACGACUGUCCUAUCUGUUGCGAUAAAAUGGACGAACCGGAAAAUAACAUACGAAUGGAACAUUGUUGCAAACGGACUUUCCAUGGGGCAUGUCUUCGAUUGUGGGCAAAUGAACAAACAUCGAUGUAUCGAGAAGGCACUUGCCCAAUGUGUCGAGGUGAAUGGCCAGUCGAAUUCGUCGAACAGCUAUUUGAAGGAUACGAAGAAGAACAUGUGCAGUAUGAGUGUUCAUGUAACGAGGAUUCUUACAUGGGCUUGCUCGCUCCAAAUAUUUUGCAGGGGUUGUCUGAAGAGCAGAAGAGUAGCCUUCGUGAACUCAUCGAGAUGAUCGAGUGGCAGUACCAGCAUAACGAGGGCUAUCCGGAUCCAACGCAACGCCUCCUCAUUGUCUUCAUGAUGUGCCCCGAAGACCCUCUGGACAUUGAUCCUGAAGAAUCAUCCGCGGAUCGCCAGUACGAAGUAAUGAAAAUAUUGUUGGAGUGGGCUUUAGACCACCUUGAAGAAUAUGUAGCUCCGACUUCACAUUCGAACUUCGGAUUGUUUCCUCGCCCGUCCAAUUACGACCACUUUGGCCCUGAGCCCUAUCUCGUCGAGCUCUCCGGGCCCUAG